GUGAAAUGAGGAAGGGCAGCUGCAGACGAUAAUAGACCAGGAACAAUACGGGACAGAACUACAACAGCGUGUACUACGACUACACAUACUAACAUCAUUACUGCUACUACUACUACUACUACUCUCUUAUAACUACAGAGCGCAGAAGACAGGAUUUUCACAUUUUUGGAUUUUAUGACUUGCGUAUUUUCUGUCACCUGUGGAUUUGGGACCUGGGGAACAGUUGGAUUAUUACAGUAAUUACCGUAGCAGGUUCACCAUCAGUAUUUUUUACCGUUACGUGACAGAUGAACAUUUCCCAGGCGUAACAUUGUUGGAGCUACAGUCGUAGGACACCAUGGGAGGACUUGCAGAGUUUUGUGUUUUGGAUAUCGCGUGGACACUUUAAGCAGUUUUGAGCUCUUUUUUGGAGGAUGGAGGUGAAAUCUCUGUUCAGUCUCCACCGAGCGCUGGCCCAGCCCGUCCAGAUGUGUAUGUUUGAUUUCCACGUGACCAUCCUGAACGACCUGAGCUCCACUCAGGAGAUCGGGGAGGAGUCCGAGGAGGAUGCGGUCUUCACCAUCACGCUGCGGAAGGUGCAGCUGCAUCACUCGGCCAGUAAGGGUCAGCGGUGGCUGGGCGUGGACUCGGAGGCGGCGCUGAGCCUGUACGAGACGUGCAAAGUGCGCACGAUUAAGGCGGGGACGCUGGAGAGGCUGGUGGAGUACAUGGUGACGGCGUUCAAGGACAGAGACUCCACCUACGUCACCAUCUUCCUCUGCACGUACCGAUCCUUCGCCACCACCAGACAAGUGCUGGACCUGCUGCUCAACAGAUAUGCCAAGCUACAGAAUGUGCCUGUCACAGCUCACAGAGUCUCUCAGGACGAGUGCACCGAGCUCAGAAAUACGGUGUCGUCGAUCCUGGGCGCGUGGCUGGACCAGUACUCGGAGGAUUUCUGGAGCCCUCCACACUACGAGUCCCUGCACCAGCUCCUGGCCUAUCUGCACCUGCACUUCCCCGGGUCGGACCUGGAGAGACGCGCUCGCAACCUGCUCGCCCACUUCCUCCGCAGGCAGCAGUGUGAGCCAGACUCUGAUGGGGAGCACAUCGGCUGUCCGUUUGCCACGCAGGAGGAGAGCGGGUUUGAAGAUGAACUCCCGGCUUUUAGUUUCCUGUCCUUUGACCCCAUUAUGGUGGCGGAACAGUUCACUCUCAUGGACGCGGACCUGUUUAAGAAGGUGGUGCCGUACCACUGUCUGGGUGGGAUCUGGUCUCAGAGGGACAAAAAGGGCAAAGAGCACUUGGCUCCGACCAUCCGAGCGACCGUGGCUCAGUUCAACUCCGUCACCAACUGUGUGAUCACCACCUGCCUGAGCAACCCCAGCCUCAAGCACACGCAGCGGGCGCGGCUGCUCGAGCGCUGGAUCGACGUGGCACGGGAGUGUCGGAUUUUGAAAAACUUCUCGUCGUUAAGAGCCAUUUUAUCAGCGCUUCAGUGUAACUCCAUCCACCGACUCAAGAGGACCUGGGAUGAGGUUUCACGGGAGAGUUUCCGAAUGUUCCGUGAGCUGUCCGAAAUCUUCUCAGACGAUAAUAACUACUCCCUGAGUCGAGAGCUGCUGGUGAAGGAGGGCACGUCUAAAUUCGCCACUCUGGAGAUCAACCCCAAACGAGCCCAGAGGAGGCACCAGCAGCAGAGAGACCUGGGCGUGAUGCAGGGGACCAUUCCGUAUCUGGGCACGUUUCUGACCGAUCUCGUCAUGAUGGACACUGCCAUGAAGGACUACACAGAGAACGGACUCAUCAACUUCGAAAAGAGGCGAAAGGAGUUCGAGGUGAUCGCUCAGAUCAAACUGCUGCAGUUGGCCUCCAAUAACUACAGCUUCACUCAGGACAGCCACUUCAGAGAGUGGUUCGGGGGAGUGGAGAAGCUCACCGAGGCAGAGAGUUAUAACCUGUCGUGUGAGAUCGAACCUUUGUCUGAAUCGGCCAGUAACACGCUGAGGGCCAAAAAGAACGGAGGGAUCAUGAAGCGCUGGAGCGAUCGUCAGCUGACAGAGGCCGGCUGCAGCAGUGCCUCGUCCCACUCCAAAUCCUUUGACCAGGCGCAGUACCGGCCGUACCAGAGCGGGGGCGACAGCGGGGACGCCCUCUCCGUCACCUCAGUGAGCUCCAGUGGGUCCGACCUGGAGGACGUCAACCCCAGCUUCUUAUCAGACUCUCCAGAGGGACACCACGAACGCAAGACGUCCACUCCGUCAGUGAAGUUGUCUGUGUCGGCUCUGAGCAGAGACGCUCCGGCCGCUGACACCACCUCCACGUUCUGGGAGUGCACGUCUCUCUCGUCUCUGGACACGUCGGGGAUGGGCUCCGGCUCUGGCUCCUCUUCGGCCUCGUCCUCGUCGGCGUCCUGCUCCACCCCGCUGUCCUCCCGCUCCCAUCACAAACGCUCCGUCUCCGCCGUCUCCAACUACUCCACCCUGUCCCUGCCCCUGUACAACCAGCAGGUGGACGACUGCUGCAUCAUCCGCGUCAGCCUCGACGUGGAGAACGGGAACAUGUACAAGAGCAUCCUGGUGACGAGUCAGGACAAAACUCCGGCUGUGAUCAGAAAAGCCAUGAUCAAACACAACCUGGAGAGAGAGAAGAGCGAGGACUACGAGCUCAUGCAGAAGAUCGCCGAGGACAAGGAGCUGCGCAUCCCGGACAACGCCAACGUGUUUUACGCCAUGAACUCCACUGCCAACUACGACUUCGUGCUGAAAAAACGCGGCUCCAUGCGUCCGGUCCGAGCCAAAGCCGUGGCCAGUUCCACUCUGCCCCGGAUGAAGCAGAAGGGCCUCAAGAUCGCAAAGGGCAUUUUCUGAACACCGCGAAACUCUUCUAAAAUAAAAAUAAUAAUAACACGGAGAAGAAUUAAACGUCUUCUUGUCCGGAUCGCGGCUCAGGACUCAACGCCGUGACGGGAAAAACGACGGAUAAUUACAGAAGGUGAUGGAUGGAGAGCGUAAAAGGACGGACGUUGAUGGAUUUUUGGGAAGUUUUUUAACCGAAAUGGCGUCGAGGAACGAAAGAGAAAAGGUGCAAACUGAAUUCAAGCGCGUGGAAAGUCGAAAGAUGGCGAUUUUUUUGCUUUAAAAUCUCAAAAAAUUCUCCCAGUUUAUUGUGAAAAAAUGUCCGUGUUUUACUUUUAAAGCCACAACGAGCGACUUAAAACCACUUUGUUCAGCGUUGAAAGGUAAAGACGCACUGAGGAACUUUUUAUGGGGAGUCGGGUCCGUCGUCUGCUCGUUUCCAGGGAGAUGUUAUUGCGUAGUCUGGAAUGUUUCACAGUACGGCAUUAGUCGUGUCUUUCGUUUAUGCAAUUAUUAAAAAAUCCAGGAUUACGUAAAAUGUACUGUCCUGAUUCAGUCCUGGUUUAGACCUGAUUCAGUCCUGGUUUAGACCUGGUUUAGUCCUGGUUUAGUCCUGGUUUAGUUCUGGUUCAGUCCUGGUUUAGACCUGGUUUAGUCCUGAUUCAGACCCGGUUUAGUCCUGGUUUAGUUCUGGUUUAAUCCUGGUUUAGUCCUGGUUUAGUCUUGUUUUAGUCCUGUUUUAGUCCCGGUUCAGUCCUUUUUUAGUACUGGUUUAGUUCUGGUUUAGUCCUGAUUUAGUCCUGAUUCAGUAGUUCUGGUUUAGACCUGGUUCAGUCCUGGUUUAGACCUGGUUUAGUCCUGAUUCAGUCCUGAUUCAGACCCGGUUUAGUCCUGGUUUAGUCCUGGUUUAGUAGUCCUGGUUUAGUCCCUAGAUGCUGUUGCUGAAAUAUCCCAGAGUAUGGCAUUAAACAUCUGUCUCAUUAUUGAACAAACGUGAGUUUGUUUACGAGUUUAAUGCAACACUGCAGAACAUUUCAGGCAUUUCAUAGCGUCUCCAUGGAUACAAUCAGAUGACGGACGCUCCCCCCAAAAAGUUACACAAAGCACCUUUAACUUUUAUUCCUUUUUUUGUUUUUUAAUAUUCAAAUUUGACACUUUAUCCAAGAAUUUCGGUCGAUUUUAACAUUUUUUUCAGAAUUUUUUGUGAAUUUGUUGACUUUUUUUUUUUUUUUUUUGGACUGGUUUUGCCGUUUUUGAUGCCGUCAGACAAAUGUUCCUGAAUGUUUUGAAGACUCGGUAAUUUCCUGGACCACUUUUUGUCCUUUUACUUGAUUCUGAAACGAAUUCUUACGCACUGAAAAAGUUGUUGCGUUUCAAAACUCGACGGAAACAAAAACCAAGUGUCAAUUUCGUACCAGUUUUUAGUUUUUUUGUCGAAAACCACUACUACCCGCACUUCAUUUCGGACGUUGCCGUGACGAACAAACUUGUAAAUAAAAGAAAAGAACAAAGGACUGUGACAUUUUGUUAAUAAUUUUUGGUCACGAUUUUGAACAAUGUGUAUUUUUUGCUUUGUACAUUUUAUUUGGCAUCAAUGUUGUUUUUAUUUUUAUUUUUUAAUUUUCUUUUUUUAUUUUUAUAACGGUGCUGCUAAUAUCAAUAAUUUUUUUGUUAUUGUGGUUGCUACGGGAGACGCCACGUUGGAGAAUGAAAUCGCGCAAAUGAAUUAUUUACGGAAAAUUAAAAUUAAUUUGAAAAACAUACUAAGUUGCUUUCAAAGUAUCUUCAAAAAAUUUUAAAUAUAUAUAUUUUUUCCAACAUGGCGUCUCUACACUAGCCUGUAUUUCUUUCUCUUUAAACAUUUUAUCUUUUCUUUUCUUUUUAUUUUAUGCGGAUUCGAUGAAAUGUGUUUUUUUUUCAAUCCGUGUGUCAUUCAUUCAUUUGUUUUUCAAUGUAAAAAAAAAAAACAGUUUUCUUCAUUAUUUGUCUCCAAAACCAAAAUGAAAAAACAGAUAAUGAUUCGUUUUUUUUCAAUUUUUGAUUUUGUGUUUAAUGAAAAAUGGAAAAACGGAUAACGACCAUUUUCCGUUUACGUGACUUAAACUGCGAAGACUGAACCAGGUCCAGGACCAGACCGGAACCAGACCAGGACUGAGACCGGGACUGAGGCCGGGAUCAGACCAGGACUUAGACCGGGAUUGAGGCCGGGACUGAGACCAGGACCAGACCAGGACUGAGACCGGGAACAGGACCAGGACUGAGACUGGGGCUUAGAUUGGGAGUGAGACUGGGACCAGACCGUGAAUAAGAUUGGGACCAGACCGGGACCGAGACCGGGACCAGGCCAGACCGUGAAUGAGACUGGGACCAGACCGUGAAUGAGACCGGGACCAGACCAGACCGUGAAUGAGACCGGGACCAGACCAGGAUUGAAAACAGUUUAGUCCUGGUUCAGUCCUGGUUUAGUCCACUUUUAGUCCUGGUUUAGUCCUGCUUUAGUCCUACUUUAGUCCUGUUUUAGUCCUGGUUUCGUCCAGGUUUAGUCCUGUUUUAGUCCUGGUUCAGUCCUGUUUUAGUUCUGCUUUAGUCCUGGUUUAGUCCUACAUUAGUCCGUUAUCAGUUUUUUCAUUUUGGUUUUGGAGACAAAUAAUGAAGAAAAUAGUUAAAUUUUUUCAUUUUCUUAUUUUUGGUUUUAUUUUGAAAAAAACGAAUGAACGAACGACACACUGAUGUUUUUAUUUUUCAUUUUUCUGUUCCACGUCUUGAGUGGCUUCAGUCUUUGAACGCACCUUGCUGUUUUUAAAAAGAGUCGAUUUCGUCGUGUAGAGUUCAGAAACACAAAAUGGCGUCGGCGGUUUAAGGGCUUCUUCUUGAGUUGGGAGCAGCUUCGCACUAAAGCAUUCUGGGAUAUGUAGUUUUAGUCACAAUCGCUCGAAAAUGAGCCGCAAUUAACAGUUUAUUAUCUAAAGUCAUUGCCACAAAUGUUUGACAAGAAUUUAUUUUUAUUUACAGGCCCGUCGACAGAAUUUUGGGGGCCCCUGGGCAAGACACAUGGGGCCCCCCUCUUAUAUUAAUUAAGAGGAAGUGAAAUUUAUUUUAUUUUAUCACAUUUUUUGUUGCAAUUUUACAAUUUUUGGCUAAAAAAAAAUACAGUUUAAUUCCUAGUGUCCAAUAAAUAAACAUUACUUCAUCAAUUAAUUGUGUAAAGUAAAAAUUGGGUCAUAAAAUUUAAAAAAACAACAACAACAAAAACGAUUAAUUUACUCUAAAAUUAAAGCCACACUAUGCUGCUUUUUUGGUUAAGGCUCCGUCACAUGUUUGUCUCCAUGGAGAUGUUAUUGUUUGCCUGUAAUGUUCCACAGUAUGUCAUUAAAUAUAAAAAAAUACCAAACAUUUUGCAUUUAUAACACCAAAAAAAUACUUAAAACCUUAUUAUUUUUUUACUAAGGAGACUCGCUUCUCCACAGACCUGACCUCUACUUUGCCCCUAUAUUAUAGAGAUAUAGCACGCCAAUAAAAUCUCCAUGGCGACAAGCAAAAAAGUGACAUCGCGCAGCUUUAAAAUAAUAAACAGUAGAGACGUGCUUUCUGUUUUCUCGCCACUAGAGGGCAGCAGUUUGUAACUUAAAACCACUUUUUUAAGCAGCGCUAAUUUAAUCUUGCGUUUAUUUGGUUAUAAAUGUUCUUACUGCUCGAAAUACCUCGUAAAACAUGGAUUCUGACUGUGAGCGGGCUCGCCUCUCCGCAGAUCUGACCUCUGUGUGAGCAAGUAGUCCAAACUGAACUAAAAAGACCAAAAAUAUUCCGUGGAAAAUGUUUAAAAUGACGAAAUUCAAAGCCAAACCCUAGAUCCUUCACCGCAAGAGUUCCACAGUGCAGCUUUACUUUUUAUCUUCUAACCUUUGUAUCUUCACAGAGACCAAGUUACGGGUCAGAUCUGUGGAGAGGCGACCCCGCUCACGGUCAAAAUGUUGUAUUUGGAGGUAUUUUUGAGCUUUAAAACCACCUGUAAUUGAAUAAAUGUGAAAUAGAGCUGCUUAAUGUCACACUGCGGAACAUUCCAGGCACAGCGAUGACACAUCUCCAUAGAAACAAGCAGGUGACGGACCCCCCCCCAAACAAAAAGUUCCACAGUGCAGCUUUAAUAUUAAUAUUUUACACUUUCUAUAAGAAUUUCAGCAACAUUUUUUUUUUUUUUUCUGAAUUUUUCCGCUUUAUUCAGCAGUAAAAGUUUAAAGAUUCACUGUGGUACUUUUCUCAGGGGAAGUCUAAAAUCUGCUUGUUUCCAUGGAGAUGUUAUGACUUAGAAAGUGCCGGAAAAUUUCACAGCAGUGCUUUAAUUGUAUCUUGCAUGUUAAUCACUUAUAAACACACACAGUUGUUACACUUCCUCGCCACUAGAGGGCAGCGCUUCACUUUAAACCACUUUAUUAAGAAGUAAAAGUUUAAAGACACACUAUGGAACUUUUCCCGUGGGAAGUCUGCCAUCUGCUUGUUUCCACGGAGAUGUUACGGCAUAGAAAGUGCCGGAAAGUUUCACAGUGCGGCAUUACUAACAUAACUUCACUUUUUACUAAUAAAACUUUAAAUACUUUUGUGGCAGUGACUUUAUUUUGAAAAGCACUAGAUUUGAAAUUUUGACACUACGUUUUGCCGUUUUAUCGCCCGUCGUCAUAGCAACCUAACAACCGCUUUCGUUUGCUAAGGUUUCGUUUUGUUUAACUUUUACGAUGGUGGAUGCAAUAUCGAUAUUUUAAAGACAGAAAAUGUAAAAAAAAAUAAAAUAAAAACGUAAGAAUUCGGGGCAGAGCGUUUGAACACUGUGAGUCUGAAAGUGAAACUCUGCGAUGCACUGUGAAUCCAACGAAAAACAUUUCAAAUUGUUCGAGUAAAGAAAUAAAAAAAUGUAACAUGGUCAAUUGUCAGAUAGGUCCAUUGCAUUUCAACAUUUCGUGCCAAAAAAAGAGACAGGCUUCCAUAGUGAGACGUGUGUGAACUGUUUUAUGGAAAAAGAGAAACAAAAUGUAUGAAAUUGGAGAUAAAAAAAAGUUCAAGUUAAAGUCAGGAUUUUAAGAAACUGCUGAAGAAAAGAAAUUCAAAAUUGUUUCAGAAUUUUGGAUGUAAAUUUGAAAAAAUGUUGUGUGGUUCCAGUUUUGAGCAGCAAACACGAGCGACGCAGGAAAAAACUGACAAAAUAUUUAACACUUUCCCCCAUUUAGAUCAUUACUACUACUACUACUACUACUACUACUACAACUUCCUCUACCACUAUUACAGUUACUACUGCUUCUACUUGUACUUGUACUACUUCUACUGCAACAACUACAACAACUACUACUACUACUACUACUACUACUACUACUACUACUACUUACUACUACUUGUACUACUUCUACUACAACAACUACUACUACUACUACUAUUAUGUACUUCUAUUACUUCUGCUACUACUACUACUACUACUAUUUCUACUACUACUACACCAUUACCACCAACAACAACUACUACAACUAUGACUAUUACUACUACUUUUACUUAUACUAAUUCUACCACUGCUUUUACUACUACCGCUACUUCUGCUACUAUUUAUGAUACUGACUUAAGACACCUGAAGUUGUAGGUAUAGUAGCCAAAUUUGUACUAAAGUACUAGUACUGUUACUUCAAAAUUAUAUAUUUGGUGGAAAAAAAAUCCCAAUGUUCUUUUUUAAAAUAUUGAAAUAAGAGAAUAAAAUGUUGCAACAUAAUGUUUAAAAUUGUAUUAUAUCUACACAAUUUAUUUUUUGUUUGUGUCAUUUUUUUAUACAUUUUUUAAAAUUUGGUUGAAAAAAACAAACAAACCCAAAUUUAAUAAAUUUUAUAUACAGAAUAUGUACAGAAAAAUAACGCAAGAUUAUGUUUAAAAUUAUAUUAUUUCCACACAAUUUAUUUAAUUUUAUUUUAUUUUUAUUUUUUUUAGAAAAAAAAUCCCCAAAUUUCUUCCUUUCCUAUUAAAGUAAGCAAGAUAAUAUUUAAAAUUUGAUUAUUUCUGCUCAAUUAUGUUUUUGUUUUUUUGUUUUUACUAGAAAUCAUUUUAAUUCAAAGCUUCUGCUCUGCUUCUGCUGACAAUUAUAGCCACCACCACUUGCUUCAAAUUUUAUCAAAAAUUUCAAUUCCAAAUUUUAAAAUGCACUUUAAUUUUGCACUUUUAUUCCAAAAUUAUUCUCAAAUUUUACCUGAAAUUUUCUGCAGCAGUUUCUUUUUUCUCGUGGGUUUGAGUGAGUCUGGUGUGAAAUUCUUUUUUAAAAAAUCGCUUUAAAUGUACUUUGUAGUUUCGUGUCCUUUCACCAUUUUUGUGAAUUUAAAAAAAAAGGUUUACAACAAAAUGAAAAUUCAAAGUGACGUGUGGAGUUUGGGUGCCAUUGUCCGUCGGAAUUUCAGAAUUUUGUCCAAAAACUGCCUCCUGGUUUUGUCCCUUCCGCGUGUCUUGUAAAUUAACAAUGUUUUGAUUUUAUUUAUUAAUUUUGUACAGAUUUUCAGUUUUUUUUUGCUUUGUACAUUCUCCUUUUAUCGGCCAUAGAAUAAUAUAUACAUGUACAUAUGAAUAAACAUUACCUUUGUAAAAGUUCAA